AUGGGUUCCCUCAAGCCACUACAAUUUUCCGAUCCCUAUUGCAGCAAUGCCCACAACGAUUUGAUCAACCCAGAGGAUGUAAUGGACCUUUUCAGGACACAACAGAGAUACCUCAACUAUUUCUUCGAAAACCUCGAUUCUUCACAAACUUUUUUGUUGACUCAAACCCUCCAGAGAUGCAAAGGCACAAUCUUUUUCACGGGUGUCGGAAAAUCCGGCAUCGCAGCUCAAAAGAUUUCCAAAACCAGGAUUUCUAUCGGGAUAAAGUCCGAGUUUUUAUCACCUGUGGAUGCACUGCACGGUGACAUUGGCAUUCUUUCGUGUGGCGAUGUUUUGGUUAUGUUUAAGAAAGAGUGGGAAUUCGGAGGAGUUAGUAAAAGUGAAUUGUGCCGGUUUGGUUUGGCGCCAGUGACGUCCACGGCAAUUCAGAUUAUUUUUGGGGAUACAGUGGCAACUGCAUUGACACAGGGUAGGAAUUUUAGCAGAGAAAUGUAUGCAGCUAAUCAUCCUGCUGGAAGGAUUGGGAAAAGCUUGAUUUUUAAGGUGGAGCAUCUUAUGAAGAAGAAAGAAGAACUUCCUGUCUGCAAGGAAGGGCAUCUGAUUGUGGAUCAACUGGUAGAGGUAACUAGUAAGGGAUGUGGUUGCCUCCUUGUUGUUGAUGAUGACUUCCGUUUGCUUGGCACUUUCACUGAUGGCGAUCUAAGGCGAACUAUUCAAUCUAGUGGGGAAAGAAUCUCCAAGCUCACUGUGGGAGAAAUGUGCAACAGACAACCGAGGACAAUAGGUCCUAAUGCAAUGGUAGUUGAAGCAAUGAAGAAGAUGGAAUCUCCACCAACUCCGGUGCAGUUCUUACCUGUUGUCGAUAACGAUAACCUCUUGAUUGGUAUUGUAACAUUGCAUGGACUGGUAUCAGCCGGGUUGUGA